AUGACAGCCAAGACCAUCAUCGUCACUGGCGCCUCAAGAGGCAUUGGACUGGCCGUGGCCAAGUACUUGCUCACGGCACCGCAACCCCACAAUGUGGUGGUGGUUGCUCGCAGUCUGGAGCCCCUCCAAAAGCUCAAGGCGCAGUACAGCAAGCAGGUCGAGGUGCUGAACGGCGAUCUGGCUGAUCUGUCUCUGGCCCAGAAGGCUGUGGACCUUGCUCUCAAGUCCUUCGGGCAGCUUGACGGACUCGUCCUCAACCACGGCAUCCUGGGCCAGGUAGGCAGGAUUGCCGACGCCGAGCCUGAGCAGUGGAAGCAGGGCUUUGACGUGAAUUUCAUCAGCUUGAUUGCCUUUACCAAGGCAGCUCUGCCGGCCCUUCGCCAGUCCAAGGGCAAAAUCAUCUUCACCUCGUCCGGGGCAGCCGUCUCUGCGUACCGCGGCUGGGCUCUGUACGCCGCCACCAAGGCCGCCAUGAACAACUUCGCCAUGAGCCUGGGCGCCGAAGAGCCCGAGAUCACCUCGGUGUCCGUCCGACCCGGCAUGGUCAACACCGAGAUGCAACGCGAGCUGCGCGAGGACCACGCCACGACCCUCGACGCGGAGAUGCACUCCAAGUUCACGACGGUCCACAAGGACGGCAAGCUCCUCGAGCCGGAACAGCCCGGCCAUGUUAUGGCCAAGCUGGUGUUGGAUGCGCCCAAGGACCUUAGUGGUCGUUUUCUCUCAUGGAACGACAAGGAGCUCGAGGCUUUCCAGGCAUAA